AUGCGCCGUCAUGGCAGAUCCGGCGCAGGGUCUACCAAGGCCGCUGCCCCGGUGUCAGAGACGGUUUCCCUAAUUCGCUCCUUCAAUUCCGAAACGAAUCCUAGCCGGCCGGUGCGCCCAUCACCACUGGCAUCCUCCCAGAUACAGGGCAUGCCCCUGGACCUUGUCGACCGAAUACGUUCCUUUCCUCUAUUCCAAUCCACUCCCAACUCCUUCCUGGCCGAAGUUGGAUUGCAUCUCCGCCCUCAGUUGCACUCUCCCAACGACUACAUCUUGACAGAAGGCGAUGAGGCUAAAGCCAUGUAUUGGCUGGUGAGGGGUGCAGUGGCAGUGACGUCGCGGGACUGCGAAAGUGUAUACGCAGAGCUCAAACCAGGCGCGUUCUUCGGGGAGAUCGGUGUCUUGAUGGAUCGUCCCCGGACUGCAACAAUCAUCGCCCGGACGCGCUGUCUUCUGGUUGUGUUGACCAAGGAGGAUUUCAGGAAGAUACUCCCACGAUUCCCGGAGGUAGAACGUGCCAUCAGAGACGAGGCCCAGGAAAGGUUGACAAUACUGGAGAAAAAGAAAAAGCAACAAUCCACACCUCCAUCAGAUGCCUUUGAGAUCAACCGAAGAGGCUCGAAAAGAGUUCGAGACAGUUUCUCAGGAGACUUGUCUGUCGCUGACGAGGAGGAUCUCAGCAUCAACAGCAUAAAUAAAAAGCGGAAAUCUCCUAGUCCAGGGUUGUCCGAUGGAUCAACGGCAAGUGCCUUGGCGAAUGGCAUGGUGAAUGUCCGGCUACUGCUGAAGGAGCUUCCGCUGUUCUCAGGGUUACCUCCCGAUUUACUCCAUUUCCUGGGCCUUAACGCGCAACCCCGCUCGUACCCCCCUUUCGCAGAUAUCAUUAAGCAAGACUCGCAAGGUAGAGAGAUCUACUUCAUUGUCCGUGGUGAAGUAGAAGUCAUCAAUGAGAAGUCUGACAACAGUCAUCCACGUAACGGGCAGAAACAACUUACGAACAAAGGUAUGGAAGUUAAAGCUCGCCUGAGACAGGGCCAGUACUUUGGGGAGGUCGUGAGUCUGUCGCUAGCACCCCGCAGAACAGCCACUGUACGUUCGGUAACUGCGGUUGAGUGCCUUAUGAUAAGCGGAGACGUGUUGGCAGAAUUCUGGAAGAGAUGCCCCCAUGAUGUCCGGCGACAAGUCGAGCGUACUGCUAAGGAGAGACUGGUAUCAGCAUCUGACGGAGACGUUGUCAUGUCUGAUACAGUCGACCAAACACCACCAAUCAACGAGCUUGCUCUAGAUGAUAAAAUCAAACUUGCGGCUUCUCGAAGGCAGUCUAUGCCUCUGGUGACGCUGACGGAAACGGAGCUGGAAAGUCCGUCUAAGCCUUCUCGGAUAGAGGACCGUCCUGUCUUGAAGCCAUCAGACCCUGACCCAUUUUUGAACGUCGGGUUGGACAACGUACGACUGAGAUCUCGUCGGGGUUCGGUUGCGCCGCUCACCCCUGAGGAAGCCUCAGGGGAAUACCAUCGACAAUCAUCACCAAGCGAUUCGCGAUCGGCCAGUUCGACUCACCUCCCCAUUUUCGAUGUUACCAGCAAUGCGAAGCGAGAAAAAAGCCAGCAGCGCUCGAAUGACCAAGGGAUCCUCCCAGAGAGUAUUCUAGUAAGGGUCUUUCAGCAUCUUGACCUUCAUCACCUUCUUCGUCUUCGAGCCGUUUGCGGCCGCUGGAUGGAGAUUGUGACAAAGUCUCCUCAUCUCCUUCGAUAUCUGGACCUUAGCAUGUAUAGCAGAAAGGUCACGGAUGAAAUCCUCAUCACCAUCAUUUGUCCGUUCGUCGGCGAGCGGCCUCAAUAUGUCGAUCUCAGCAACUGUUUCCACGUGACAGACGAGGGAUUUAGCGCACUAGCGACUGCAUGCGGUGUCAAUGUUAAAGCCUGGAAGAUGAAAAGCGUUUGGGAUGUUACUGCUUCUGCGAUCCUUGACAUGGCUGGGAAAGCAACAGGGCUCCAGGAAGUGGACUUGAGCAACUGCAGAAAAGUCAGCGAUACUCUUUUAGCUCGCAUCGUAGGAUGGGUCGUACCAGCUGCAACGUUCGCCCAACAGACUAUGAACGCUCAGGCUUCGAAGGCGAUCAUCAAGCCAACAAUGCAGACUCCUGCUGGCGUCGUCUUCGGCUGUCCUCAGCUGAGGAAGUUAACCUUGUCUUACUGCAAACAUGUCACUGACCGCUCAAUGCAUCAUAUUGCUUCUCACGCUGCACCUCGUAUCGAAGAAGUCGACUUGACACGUUGUACGACUAUCACAGAUCAAGGUUUCCAAUAUUGGGGCAAUGCCCAAUUUACAAGGCUGCGGAGACUUUGUCUGGCUGACUGUACUUAUCUGACGGAUAAUGCCAUAGUCUACCUGACAAACGCAGCUAAGCAGUUACGUGAACUGGAUCUGUCGUUUUGCUGCGCGUUAUCAGACACCGCAACCGAGGUCCUUGCCCUGCAAUGCUCUCAAUUGACAUACCUCAACAUGUCAUUCUGCGGCUCCGCUGUGUCGGAUCCGUCUCUGCGCAGUAUUGGCCUCCAUCUACUGUCUCUUCGGGAGCUUUCGGUACGUGGCUGCGUGCGUGUCACAGGCGUGGGAGUCGAAGCCGUCGCUGAAGGUUGUAACCAACUGGAAACAUUCGAUGUCAGCCAGUGCAAGAAUCUCACGCCUUGGCUGGAGCGUGGUGGUCCUCUGAAGUACAGAAACAGAAUACACUUUCAAACGGUUGCUCAAAACGGCAAGAACUUCCGAUAA